UGCUCACCACGUCGGCUCCGUAUUCCACGAAUGUUCUUCUAGCGCAAAUCGCCAAAAAGCCACCCGCUAUUGCACGCCAACGGACUCAGCUCGUUCCCAGGAACAAGUGGAUACCGAAAACCAGGUGGGAUUCCCAUUUUUCAAGCCUCUACGACAGCAUUUUGGCCGGACCUCGUGGUGGGAGAGCCGCGAGGCCACGCGCCGGGGCCGGCUUCCUCAACAAUUGCCGAUCAUUUUCUCAAUGAUGGAAGUCACCGUAGACGGGCGCAGCAUAUCCCAGGAAGAAAUGGAUACAAGCAAGGGAUGGAAGGAGGUCAGACACAGAAGAUCAGACCGGCGAACCUCCCAACACCGCGAGAGCACCUUGUCGCCGACGCGGCUCGGCAAGCGCAACAACAACCCAUGGAAAGGCAGGCUAGAGCAAAUACGCAAGGCAAGCAGAAUGCCACAUUUGCCAAGAGGGGAUUACAAGAUUGUGAUCAGACCGCGUGGAGGACUCAAAUUAUCCGAGCACGGUAUAGUUCCCCUCACAGCUGCGGUACAAGAUGCGGCAGGUAUUCCUCGAGACGAAAGGGAGGAGGACAUUGUCUGCCCCAACAACUAUCAAAAUAUCCUCAUCGUCAGUACCUCGGAUCAAGAGCGUGCAAACAAAUAUCAGGAAGUAGCACGCAUCAAGAUUCAAGACAAGUUUUACGAGAGCAAUGCUUACGAGACAGCGCCUGACAUGACGGCCAAAGGAGUCAUCAGAGGAAUCCCACUCGACGAGGGCCCAAGAGACAUCACAGCAGCGGUGGUUACGAGUAAAAACCCAACGGCGAUAGCAGCAAAGAGACUCAGUAACACUACCACAGUGAUUGUGCUCUUUGAAGGACACAAAGUGCCCACGUACGUCCGAUACAGGGCAGCGCUACUCCCUUGCUCCCUGUACAGGAAACAAGUGGAUAUCUGUCACCAAUGUAACAGACUUGGACACAGAGGAGAUGUAUGUCCCAACCCUGACAACAAGAUUUGUGCGGGAUGUGGAACACCAAACCCAGAAAAAGACCACAAUUGCCAACCUAAAUGUCAGUUAUGCGGCGAGGACCAUCCGACCGCAGACAAGACGUGCAAAGCCAAAUUCAAAAAGCCCUUCAUCGUUAAACAGAGACAAUGGCACAGACUGCAACGAGAACGACAAGAAGAACAUGAGGACGCUAUCUCAAGAGAAGACAGAGCGGACACUCGCGGAACGCCUGGCCUCCUAAACGCCAGGGAACGACGCUCCAGGUCGAGAACAAGGUCUCCAUCCACCACCAGGUCCUUAUCCCGGUCCGGCUCCAGGACACCGGGGACACGAUCCAGUUCCAGAGUUGCUUGGACUUGCUGAUGAUGUACUCGAGCAGAAGAUGUAUACCGCAUUGCGGGCAAGGACAGACUAAGAUGUGUCUGCGCAGGCCUGGGGUCAAUAUUACAGUCAAGUAGAACGCCAAGGAAAGAUGAACAUGAACUUGGAUGAAGGCAGUGGGGACCAAGACUGAUAGAUGGAAUGGACGCUAUGUUUCGCUGAUGUGAAGAGAAUACAACAAAUUUAGUCUUAGAUGCAUUAAUAGAUAACAUGUUAACGUUGCACCACCUCCGAAUAUUUUCUAAGUCAGCAUUUAGUUUGUUAACGAGAGAUGAGAUAUCUUUAUGAAAAGUAAAUAUAGUGGUAUCAUCAGCGUACAGAAUGCAUUUUGUCGAAGAAAGACAGUUAGGCAAAUCAUUAAUGUAAACUAAAAACAGGAGUGGCCCCAGGAUGGAGCCCUGAGGCACACCGAUGUUAGUAGUUCGCUGUCGAGAAUAAGCACUGGAAAUUGAAACAAUUUGAACCCGGUUAUAUAAGUAGCUUUUUAGUAUCGAAAGGGCGGGACCGCAAAUGCCUAUUGCUUCGAGCUUAGAAAAUAGGAUAUUAUGAUUAAUGCUAUCAAAUGCUUGCGUUAGAUCGAUGAAAACUGAGGCGGUGAGAAAUCCCUCGUCAAUAAAUUGCCAAUUGCCAACCUUGCCAAUGUUUCGCUAAUUAAUGUACAUUCAAAGAAGAAAUUCAGGGCGUGCAAGAGCCAAGGUGAGCAGGAAUAGAUUCAGACUUAGCGCAAUAAAAAGGAACGGUCUCAAUGUGACAGUAAUACUUCAGUCUGAAACACAGGGAUAUGAAAUGAUAGAUUGUCAUUUUUCAUUUUUAAUUGUUUGUCAUUAAGGUAACUUUAAUUUGUCUCUCUGGCUAGCUCUUAUAAUUUUGCGUUUUUUUUUUUUUUUGGCUCGCCAUGCAUGCUUGCAUCUGGGGUACAUGUGUACGUGUUAUAUAUAGGAAAAGGAAUAUACCGUGUCAGUAUUAAUUUCGCCUUGAGACAACCAGGUGUAAUGCAGCCCAUACUAUCCAGUUCAUAUCCAGUUAUUAAGAAACAGCAUGGGAGUUUGACCAACCAAUGUGUAAUCAGUGAUGUCUGUCUAUACCCAAUAUUACGGCAGGUGCACCCGUGCUGUCACGUAUCGACUUGCUAUUCAUCCUAAUUUGCGCUCGACUUUAGACACUCACUCCUUCGCAAACAACGUGUGAAACCCGCUUGCAUUGAGGGAUCUUUUGGAACAUCACAGUCCAAGCGUCCCGGCGACACUAUAGCAGGUCUCAAAGAUUGUGAAUCUCCCCAUUUCCUUCAAUAUGAGCCCGGAGAUAAAGAUGCGCGCUCACCUACCCAACGCCGAACACUCUGGCAGCGUUCACGGGGCAUACACCACGCUCGUAGGACCCACCGU